GCAUCCGCAGCGCCCGAGUUCCGCGAACCCUGGAAGCGCAUCCGGCCUGCCCCUGCCGGGAGGUGGAAGUUGGUGGGGGCCGGGUGGGAGAGAUCUCUCUGAUAGUGCGUUGUCCCCGCAACGGAUCUGAACCUAACACGAUCUCGAAAAGCCCAGGACUCUGCUCCCCUGCGUCAUGGCAGUCCCAGGUUGCAACAAGGACAAUGUCCGGGCAGGCUGCAAGAAGUGUGGCUACCCUGGUCAUCUGACCUUUGAGUGCCGCAAUUUUCUCCGGGUCGACCCCAAAAGGGACAUCGUGUUGGAUGUCAGCAGUACAAGUAGUGAGGACAGCGAUGAAGAAAACGAGGAGCUGAAUAAACUGCAGGCUCUGCAGGAGAAACGAAUAAAUGAAGAAGAGGAGAAGAAAAAAGAAAAAAGCAAGGAGAAAAUUAAAUUGAAGAAAAAGAGGAAAAGGUCUUAUUCCAGCUCCACUGAAGAGGACUCUUCAAAACAAAAGAAACAGAAAUAUCAGAAAAAAGAAAAGAAAAAAGAAAAAAAGAACAAAUCAAAAAAAGGAAAACAUCACAAAAAAGAAAAAAAGAAGAGGAAAAAAGAAAAACGUUCUUCCCCUAACCAUUCUGAAUUCACCAAAAAGUAACCGAAUCUUUGGCCUAACUCAGGAAAUUGAAGAAUUCAAUAUUUUUCAUUAUUGUACCUUCCUUGGAAUAGCUAUGUAAUUAUGCUUUGCAGAAAAUCCCAGCCUCUUCCAUAAAGACAGUUUUCACAUGUUGAGACCCUUAUCUCUCUGCCCAUCUGUAUUAAAUCCAUCUUAUUACUUGACAGCCAUGUCUCAAGUACAGAUGUUUGUAAAUGCAAAGCACAUCCUUUUGGGUAUGUGUGUUUCUGGGUGUUGGGCAUAAGUUAAUUAUCACAGGGCUUUACUGAAGUCCAACCAAGUCGUCUCCAUAGCAGCUCCUGAGUGGUGUCCGCCUUCCAGUGACGUAGCUAGGUUGGUGGUAGUGAUUUGCUCUUGAUACUGAGGAUUUUAAUAGCUUUAUCUACUGUGUAAUGUAUAAAGAUAGUGAAGUUCUUCACUGUUGUUUUUAAAUCUCUAGGCUUUUUAAAUAGUAUCAUUGAAGAGAAAACUGCUUUACCGAUCUCAAAUUUUUAAAUGAAUGGGAUCUAUAGGAAGAUAUUAAUGAAAGUAUUUAUAACAAGUGUCAUUGUUUUAUGAAAUGCAUGUUUCUAGCCCUUGCCUCCCAUGUUUUUAUAACAAUUAAAAUAUCCCCUUUUUAAAGAGAAUCACUUAGCUUACUAGAAAGUCUGGCAGGGAGAUUCUGUGCUGGUCAGGAUUAUUAGGUAGAUCCUGGGUUGAUAUACACAUGUGCCAUAUUGGCAUGGCUUAUGGUGAUACCUCAAACACCUUUUUUUGUGUGGAAACAGCAAAACCCUCAUUAAAACUGAUUUUUAUUAUAUCUAGUGUAUAUGAUGCUUGCAAAUACGAGUAUUGUGACAGUUUUUAUGAAUGUUUGCCUAUAUAUUUAUUUUUUUCUGAAAUGAUUUUGGAGUGAGUUUUACACUAAACUUACAACUUCACAGAUCGCCAAUGUUGAUAUUUCUUCUCUCACUUCAGUCACAAAUCUUAGUAGCACUGUAAAAAAUUUAAAAUCAAGAAUUUCAUCUAUACUUUCAAAAUAGAAGACUUGGGGGUAGCAUCUUGAAAGCCUUUGUAUAAUAAUGAAACUUGUACAUAAAUAAGCAUUCUCAAUGACCUGUUAGUAGAUAUAAAUGUUUCUCACAUUUUUAAUUUCAUGGUCAUCAGUGUAGUGUAUCUUAACAUCUAGUAUUCCGGAAUCCCAACAAGUUAACUUACACUGUAAAAGUGUUGAAAACCAGCCUGCUAGCUUGGAACAGCAUCCAAGUUUCCAAGUACGUUGCUCUGGUGCACUUAUAUAUCUUCAAGUUGAUUAAAUAGAGACGCGGCUGCAAGCAAGUUUGUCAGGGAAGUAUACUUGGUCUUGCAGGCUGGAGAGCUUUACCUAUCUUCCCUUGCUCUGCACCCAAACUUGAAUGCCCUGAGGGCCUCAUACAUCCCUUAACAUACUCUCCCCUCUGCUCAGGUUUCACAGAAGCUGCACCCACACCCUUCCCUAGCGUUGCUUCCAUGAGGUGCACGUAUCCUCAGCCUUUCCACAAACGGAUUACUCUCUUGGCCCAUAAAAAGAAAUUUUGUUUAGAGUUUAGUCAGUUGUUAGGACUAAAGCACAAAACUUUUAGAUUUUUUUAUUUUUUUGAGACAGGGUUUCUCUGUGUAGUUUUGGUGCCUAUCCUGGAUCUCGCUCUAUAGACCAGGCUGGCCUCGAACUCACAGAGCUCUGCCUGGGUCUGCCUCCUGAGUGCUGGGGAUUAAAGGCGUGCGCCACCACCGCCCGGCAAACCUUUAGAUUUUUAAGGACUUGUUUUGUCUACACUAAUUUUGUGAAAGUUCAGUUCUUUGGUUAUCUGGAUUAAUAAAUAUUCUCAAGAUCCUUUUUUAAAAAUAUCAGGGAGCUGAAUGGUGACUCAACAAUUAAACACUCUUACUGCUCUUAGAGAGGACCUGACUUCAGUUCCCAGCAUCCUCACUAGGCACCUAUAACUCUGUUAUUCCAGUCGCGAGGGAUCCGAUGCCUACAUCUGACCUCUGUGGUACCCAUGAGCACUUAGCAGCUGCUCACACAGACAUAUGCAUGUGCAUGUAAAUUUAAGGUUUUUUUUUUAUUUUAAACUUAAAAAGCAAAUAAAGAAAUAAAUGGCCUCAUCUCUUUGUAUGUGUAGAAUUGUUAUCAGUGACAUCAGUUGUAAAUGAAGAGUUCAUCAUAUUUGUGAGUUUUAUUUCUGUUAAUUGUAAGAAAAUAUAAAUUGACUUAUAAGGGUUUGCUUUCUAAAUUUAGCUAAUGAUUCAGAUGUUAUUUAUAUAUACAAUCAGCCCUCACUCAUUAAUCUGCUAUAAUAAAAUAAAAAAUUUUAAUGGA